AUGACCGACUUUUGGAAGUUAGAAGAAAUCAGUUUUGAAAAACCAAAAGCAAAACAUGAUAUUCUAUGCGAAAAUCAUUUUAUUAAUAAUAUUAAACGUGACCCUAGUGGUCGAUAUAUUGCUAGGUUACCAUUUAUUAAAGGCGAUCGUACGCUGGGUGACUCUAGAGCAGCAGCCUAUCGGCGCUUUCACGCAUUAGAAAAUAAAUUUAUAUCUAAUUCAGAAUUAAAAUUAGAAUAUCAUAAGGUAAUGCAAGAAUAUCUUGAUCUCGGUCAUAUGUCACUUGUAUCAGAUGAUUCUGAUCAUAGAUAUUAUUUACCGCAUCAUGCUGUGAUUAAAAAAUCCAGCUCGACUACUAAGGUUCGAGUAGUCUUUGAUGCAUCUGCUAAAUCAAAUAAUAAUAAAUCACUUAAUGAUAUUUUAAUGACAGGUCCUACUAUUCAAAAUACCAUUUUCACUCAAUUACUUAAAUUUCGUUCACAUAAAUAUGUCCUCACAGCUGACAUUGAAAAAAUGUAUCGUCAAAUUCUAUUACAUAAAGACGAUCGAGCAUACCAAAGAAUACUUUGGCGUGUGGGCGAUCAAAUUAGAACUUUUGAAUUAAAUACAGUAACUUUUGGCAUAACCUCUUCUCCAUUUUUGGCUAUCCGCACUAUUCAUCAAUUAGCUGAUGAUGAAGCAAAUCAUUUCCCACGUGCUGCGCAUAUUCUAAAAAACGACUUGUAUGUUGAUGAUCUUUUAACAGGUGCAAGUAAUAUAUCAGAAACGCGUCAGCUUCGUGAUGAAAUUGUUAAAUUAUUAAAACGUGGUCAAUUCAAUAUUCGCCAAUGGGCUUCUAAUGAACCAAAAUUGAUAGCAGAUUUAUCUAAUGUCAAUGUUAAUUCUAAUUUUUUACUCGAUAAAAAUUGUACCUUAAAAACUCUUGGAAGAAUUGGAACCAGUACAUAUUAA